GUCCGUGCUACACGUGAACGUGUCGUGGGAGCGCCGUCCACUUUGAAGCGGGCGGGUUGGGCCACACGCCACUGACUGUUCAGCCCGACCGGGCGGAGAGACGGACCCGGAGUCACCGACCACACACCGGCCUGGGAAGUGACUGCAAGAGCGCGCGAGGGGAGUUGGUUUUUUUUUUUGCUCGGGCAGUGGCGCUGCUUCUCUCGGCCUCGCCACCUCGAGCUCGGUGCGGGAGAGUGAUUAGAGUUGACAAGCCCGCUCCACUACUGUACCCCCCCCCCCCCCCCCCCCCACCUCUCCUCCUCUGCGCUCCCGCUCCGCAACAACCAGGAAAUCGUCGCGAGGUGUGUUUCUUUAUCCCGCGAGUGGCUGCCCCGUCUGCGGGUGUAGAUGCGCCUGUUCUCGGCGGGUUUCCCGGCGUUUCCAGUGGCUUCCGACCCCGGAGUCCAGCGGCGAAGUCUGCCAAAGUUGCCUGCGAGGAGAGGAGCUGCGCCGCGGCCGAACAAUGAGUGAGUCCAGUAUUUGCCAGGCCCGGGCCACAGUGAUGACCUAUGAUGAUGGCAAUAAGAAGUGGCUCCCAGCGGGUGCUGGACCCCAAGCCUUCAGCAGAGUCCAAAUCUAUCACAACCCCACCACCAAUGCCUUCAGGAUAGUUGGACGCAAGAUGCAGACGGACCAGCAGGUGGUCAUCAAUUGCCCAAUUGUGAGAGGAUUAAAGUACAACCAGGCCACGCCAAAUUUCCAUCAGUGGAGAGAUGCCCGGCAGGUGUGGGGGCUCAACUUCGGCAGUAAAGAGGAUGCCACUCUGUUUGCGAGUGGGAUGGCACAUGCUCUGGAAGUGCUCAACUCCAUGGCAGACGCAGGCUAUGCCACACUUCCUCGCUCAGUGUCAAAUGGACCGUCUGCAGAAGAGAUGGAACAACAGCGGAGGUUGGAGCAACAGAGGCUGGAACAGCAAGAACGAGAGCGACAGGAAAGAGAGAGACAAGAGCGGGAGCGUCUUGAGAGAGAGAGGCUCGAGAGGGAAAGACAAGCGGCUGCAGUCUCAGCUCCAAUGGCCCCACCGUUGCCCCCUGGUGGUGCCCCUCCUCCACCUGCUCCUCCACCACCCCCUGGUCCUCCUCCCCCGAGUGGACCUCCAGCAGGCUCUGGCGUCCCACCCCCUCCCGGACCUCCUCCCUCAGGACCUCCGCCAGCCCCGCCCCUGCCGGCAGGAGGAGGCCCUAUUGGUGGGGGAGGUGGUGGUGGUGGGGGCUUGGCCGCAGCCUUGGCGGGGGCUAAGCUCCGCAAAGUGUCCAAACAGGAGGAAGGAGCUCCUCUCUCCAAAGGAGACUCCAGCCGCAACAGCAGCUCCUCUGUGGGAGGCGGCGGCGGCGGCGGCGGUGGAGGUGGAGACCUGAUGGGUGAGAUGAGUGCCAUCCUGGCUCGUAGGAGAAAAGCCGCCAACUCUGGAGAGAAGGCGCCUGUAAAGACACAAGAGAGUGAUGAUUCAGAGUCUCAUGGCCACAGUGACUCCAUUAGAAGACCUUGGGAGAAGUCAACCAUGCCCAGGAAUAACUCCAUCCCCAAGAGCCUGGACUCCUCCACUUCCUCAUUGUCUCACAGUUCCAGGACAAAAGCUUCAAGCAAUAGCAACGACUCGAGUGGAAAUGAUGAUUCCGAUUUAGAGAAAAUGAAACAGGAGAUCCUUGAGGAGGUGCGAAAGGAGCUUCAAAAAGUAAAGGAAGAAAUAAUUGGAGCCUUCAUAAACGAGCUGCAAAAAAGAGGCACAUAGUUCUGCUGAGUAUAAGGUGUAAAAGAGGGAUGUGAUAGACGGAGGAGGUUGAGGCCAACGGGACCUCCUCAACACCCUCUGUUAGCCCAGGGAUUUCUCAUUUUCUCCUCCACACUUUUCUAUUUCUUCUCUCACAUCCAUGAGCGCAAUUGCAUAUGUAUCAAUCAUGCAUAUCCACUUUGUCUACAAGAUAACCCAGGGAACUGCUCAGGCCAGCGUCUGACACUGUUGAGAAUCACUCAGUCCUGGGGGAGUGAUCCAGCUUCACCCCACUUAGUCCCCGUGUCCUCACUGCCCUUCAACUGAAUCCAGUUACAGCUCACAGCUGCAGCCAUUGUUGCGCCUCCUAAAGAUAUUGCACUCAAAAACGUUUUGUAAAACAUAGAAACCUGUUUUUGUGACUUCUUUUGCUAUCAGACACCAUAUACUGAUAAUGCAGUAUUCAGGGAUGUGGUAUUAGUUGUACUUGCUGAAACAUCAGAAUGCUGGGUUUAAAAAUAAUAAUAAUAAGAAUAAUGACUCCUUGACUCCAUUUCGCCUCAAGUGUACAAGCAUCUACAUGUUUACUGCUAUAAAAAUGUGUUGGUAGUAAAGAGGGAAAACCACAUUCGAGGCUCCCACAACUCCUCCAAGUGGAUCUCAAGGACAACUCAGAAAAGACAAGCCUUCGCCCAUUCUGGAAUGCGAGACAAGCAAAGGGACAACCUGAGUGCUGUGAAAGAGGAGCGCGUUGCCGUUUUUGAUGUGUGAGAAAACGUUAUUCUUUGCUUUGCACUUGUUCCGGAUUAAGUGUGACUGUGCGCCACACUGCCUUGACAGACUUCUCCCCUCACUCAAAAAGAGAUCUUUGUCAAUUGGCCAGUAAGUAGCUGGUUUAUUUCCUCCAUUCUAACUUUGUUUUCUACCUUUUUGGGAAAAAAAGAUGGUGAUAAUGGCCAUGAUGAGGUCAAUUAAUUUGGCCAAGAGUAACUGCCUUGAGAAUAAAUAUAUAAAUAUAUAUAUAUGGAAAUUAUAUAUUUGUUUCGAGGGAAAUGUUAAGAGAAAAUGAAAUGGUGUUUCUAUUUUAAUUGAAAUGACUGGUGAAUGGGCUUUUCUUUCCUUUUGAUGAUUGUUUUCAUGUUAUUUGGGUUGACUGUUUCUUUUUUUUCCUGAUAGAUUAUAGGCUUUUUACACUGAAAUGUAAGAGAAGAAACAGCUUAGAGACACUGGAUUAGAGAUGCAUUUAUAGUCGAAUACAGAUGCUUUUUGAAAUGCAUUCUUGGGUCUUGAGUUUUUUUUUUCCUUCCCAGUCUUUUGGGCCAUAAAACAGAAAGUGGAAUGUCCCCAUCUCUCAACUUGGAUAUUAAAAGAUCAAGGCUGUGUAUGUCGGCGGUUUUCCAGGGGUGCAACUAAUGAUUAUUUUGAUGGUCAACUAGUCACCAACCACCUUAACCAUCAGUGAACUUGCUGGUGUAUGACGUGUGCAGGUUGGCAAAUGCGUGUUUAAAAUGAUCAUAUUCUUGAUUGGCGAAUUGCUGUAUAUACACGAAUCACGUGUUAAAUUACAACCAUAUUGCCAGUUUCCUAGUGAUGAACUAUUUUAACGAUUCAACCUGAAGGCUGACUGGAUGAUGAAAGUGGUUUGACUAACGUGGUCGACUGUCGUGUUGUGAAUAGUAAACCCAAACAAAGUUUUGAAACUUCUUAAGCUGCUUAAAAUGUGGUAGGAGUAGUUGUCCCGAUGGUC